UAGGCUCAAAGACAAAUACACAAUUCGUCCAUCAAUGAUACUAUAUUCUCUUGUCUCUGAAAACCUCAGUGAGCACGAAUAAUUGAAAAUCAGCAACCAGAAAGAUAAUAAUCCAAUCAGAUCCGUGCAGAGAACAAAUCCGUGAUCCACGUGGGAUGGGCUUAUAAUUGAUUCUAGAAUCCGCGAGAAGGGUUCUUCUCUGUUGCUAGACAUAAGGCAUUAACAACAAAUAAGCUCUUCCUGGUAGUCAUCACCAGUUAUCAGCUUACGGUUACGAUAGCGAGAGACAUUUCGAUAUUAGAGUACUUCGAGGAGAUGAAAAGGACAUAUCAAAAUGAGUUGGUCGACUGCUCCUCGACUAAGAGGGCCUUUGCGGCAAGCUCUCAGUCGCAGGGAAAGCGAUACAUAAUAACCUCUGCCGCUGUUAGGAACUGCUUGUACGAAAGAAAACAACUGGUGUUCAUCGACGCAAACAAACUACUAAGACUGAAUUUUGAGGGCUUUAACAAGCAAUUAUUGUGUCUUCUCUGUAAGAAAGACUAUUCAGAACCUUGUCCCUUACAUGGUUUGGGCCAUGCGAUCGUAGACAACAAACGUCUGCAGGGGAGCAGAGCUAUGAAGUCACUCCCACCGGAAGUGAGUUUGUGCAGAUCAAGUAUCCCUGGGACCGGGUUAGGAGUUUGUACUAGAAAACACAUUCCUGCUGGCACCUGUAUUGGGCCAUUUGAGGGCAGGAGAAUCCGACCAGAGGAGGUCAAACCGGGCAUGGAUACGUCGUAUAUGUGGGAGAUUUUUGACGGCAGCAAGUUAACUUGUUUCAUUGACGGCAGUGAUGAAGAGACAUCAAGCUGGAUGCGUUUUAUCCAGUGCGCACGCUCAAAAGUUGAACAAAACCUCUAUGCGUUUCAGUACAAGGGCGAAGUUUAUUAUCGUGCAUUCAAAGACGUUGCUGUUGGUAAAGAGCUUCUUGUGUGGUAUGAUGAACGAUAUGUACAGCAUUUUGGAAUACCUUUUGGAUAUCAGAGCAUGUCCUUCGUCAAAGAUUUUGAAGAUGCUCGGCCAAUGGUAAAAGAGCAGACAGGGGAUAACAAAUCUGCGCAGCAGAAACCUGUGUGUGCUCCUGCUAGUUUACUUCCCAGACAAUUAUCAUCUGACAGCGAUGUAGAUGGUCAGCGAUCCUCUUCUAACAGUGACGUAGAAAGUGACGUCAGUGACCCUGGAAAUACAUUAGUGCCCUUUCCCAAAAAAUCUCCAGAAAGGGAAUUUACUUCCUGGCGGUGCCAGCAGUGUCGCAAGACUUUUACUCAGCGGGUGGCCCUACAACUUCAUGUCUGCCCAUGCCAACCAUCCAAGCCUUACCAGUGUGGCCAGUGCAGCCUAGCUUUUUGCAAUUCUUCUCAGCUCCGUGCGCAUGUCACGUCGCAUUCAAGUGAAAAACCAUUUAAAUGCGGCUUCUGUUCGCGCGCUUUUGUCGGCGCGACAACACUAAACAAUCACAUUAAAUCUCACUUCGGGCAGAAGCCUUUUGGCUGUGACAAGUGCGGAAAAACGUUUUCUCAGCCUGGACUUUUAUCCAAGCACCAAAGAAAUCCCCGCGAAUGCAAAAGCGACGUAUCCCCUCCAACCGUCAAUAGCACGAGAAAAAUGAACGAACCUUUUGGAGGAAAGAGCGUAAGCAGUGUGUAUCAGCCCGUGACUAAGAAAGUGAAGCUCACGCCUCCUUCAUCCAAAAGCGCACCGGUUUCAAACUUGAAACAGUUAUCUUUUACUAUGGCUGAUGUACAGAAGUGCCUUUUUAACGUAUCUACUGUCCAUCCAAUUCACAGCCGUGAAGCCUUAGGAAAGAAAGAUGGAGUUGGUUGUUUUUGGUGUGAUGCAAGCGCAACAGACCCAAGCUUUAACUGCCCGCAUCAUAAACAUGAAACCACUGCCACGAAGCAGACAAGACAAUUGCCUCUCGCUUUAAGAUCAUUUCCGCCGGAGGUUGGCUUGUGUGUAUCCAGCAUUCCUGGGGAAGGAUAUGGAGUCUGUGCUAAGCAAAAAAUUCCUAUCGGGGCAUGGAUUGGUCCCUAUGAAGGAAAGUUUGUGAAACCUGAGGAAAUUUCUUCGACUUCCAACACUUCUUACAUGUGGGAGAUUUUUAAAGACGGUAAACUGGCGGGCUUUGUGGAUGGUAGUGAUGAAGAGUAUUCCAGCUGGAUGCGGUUCAUCCGCUGUGCUCGUCACAAAGGGGAACAAAACCUGUUUGCCUUCCAGUACUUGGGCAAGGUCUACUAUCGUUCAUUCAAGACCAUCCAGCCCGGACAAGAAAUGCUGGUGUGGUACGAUGACAAAUAUCCUCAGUACCUUGGCGUUCCAAGCUCAAUCUUUGAUUUGGGUUCUCUUACAGUCAAUGGAAAGUCAAACAAUUCGGAUGCAGCAGAAAUUGUACGCUUGCCGUCCGAAACCUUGACACAAAAUCAGUAUCCCCCUACCCCUCCCAGCUCAGUUCCUUCUCCUGGAAGCCCACAAUCACCAAACAGCCAGCCAAUCAGCCCUCGCCAACACUCACCUUCCAUGCCAAUCGGUGGAGAGCCUUUGAAUGGUUUUCAGACGGAAGUGUCCUCCGCCUUCGACUUUUCCUCUGUCACUGCAGCCAACUCGUCCAAUCCACUUCCAUCGCCAGAAAGCGAGAGGAGCAAUCCUCCCUCACCCACUUCUUAUGAAGACGGGCAAAACAACGCCACUAAAAUCAAUCAGCCCGCGUUUAGUAGCAUCACAGAACUAAGUUUGUGGAAAUGCGGCCAGUGCAAAAAGUCCUUCCCUCAAAGAACCAUGCUCCAAGUUCAUGUGUGCAAUGAAGCCCCAAAGAAGCCAUACCAGUGCGGCCACUGUUCACUUAGCUUCGCCCACCCAGCUCAGCUGCGCGCUCACGCUGUCAUUCACGCCAGUAAGAAACCAUUCAAGUGCGGAUACUGUUCACGUGCGUUCGCUGGGGCGACCACAUUGAACAACCACAUCAGAACGCACACCGGUGAACGCCCCUUUGUUUGCGACAAGUGCGGAAAGAACUUUACGCAAGGAUCACAACUUAGCAGACAUCAGAGAAUACCUGGAGACUGUGUGGCACGAGCGUGAAAGGAAUGGAAACAAUUAACCUUCAUCUGAUAGUUUUUAAAACUUUGAGUGCUCCUUAGGAAAGCUCAUGGCUCAGAUCUCAGAUCUAACUGUUUGUUGUGGCAAAGUUUGUAGAUUUUUAUACGAUUCAUUCAAAACGGAAAACACAAGUGAUUCAUUCGGGAAAGUGCGUGGAGACGAAACUUAAGAACUAAAGCAACUUCGAGUUUUAUGUCUAAGAAACGUAGAAAGUCGUAAUUGUAAUUACUUGUCGUAAAAAUGUAAAUAUCCAGAGCGUUUCACUGCGUGACAUAAAUGUUACCACUUUUACUAGUAAGAUGAAAAAUUGUACAUACGGAUGGACAUUUUGAGAAGUUGUUGCUCGAAUUAAUUGACUUUUGAAAAUAAAAGGCUUCAUCUGACCCAAA